CCCCCUCUCAGAUUAGAUCUCUCUUUUUCAUUUGGAUUUUAAGCUUCUGCAUCCCAGAACACGACUACGUACUUUCCCCAUUAUAUCUCUCGAGAUCUCUCGUUCACGAGGGAUUAUCGACGGUUUUGUGUCUCCGGGUGGUCUCAAGUUUAUCAGUCGGCGAUUCAAUCUACUUGGAACAUAUCGGAGAUCAAAAGUACAUCUGAUCAUUCGUUGUUUUGAUCAAUCUCGCCACCACCAUGGCGGCCGCUAACGCUCCGAUCACUAUGAAAGAGGCACUCACGUUGCCAAGCAUAGGGAUCAAUCCGCAGUUCAUUACAUUUACCAAUGUUACAAUGGAGUCAGAUAAGUUUAUAUGUGUUCGUGAAACGUCUCCUCAGAACAGUGUGGUGAUUAUUGAUAUGAGCAUGCCAAUGCAGCCAUUGAGGAGGCCAAUCACUGCUGAUUCAGCUCUUAUGAAUCCCAUUUCCAGGAUCCUGGCUUUAAAAGCUCAACUCCCUGGGACUACUCAGGAUCACUUACAGAUAUUUAAUAUUGAGAUGAAAGCCAAAAUGAAGUCUCAUCAGAUGCCUGAGCAGGUUGUCUUCUGGAAGUGGGUUACUCCUAAGAUGUUGGGCAUGGUAACCCAGACAUCAGUAUAUCAUUGGUCAAUUGAAGGUGAUUCUGUGCCUGUGAAGAUGUUUGAUAGAACAGCCAAUUUAUCAAACAAUCAGAUUAUUAAUUAUAAGUGCGAUCCAUCUGAGAAAUGGUUGGUGUUGAUUGGAAUUGCCCCUGGCUCACCAGAGAGACCACAGUUGGUCAAAGGAAAUAUGCAACUUUUUUCUGUUGAUCAGCAGCGGAGUCAAGCUCUUGAAGCACAUGCAGCAUCAUUUGCCUCUUUCAAGGUUCCUGGCAAUGAAAAUCCUUCUAUUCUUAUUUCUUUUGCAACCAAAAGCUCCAAUGCUGGACAAGUUACAUCAAAGUUGCAUGUCAUUGAGCUUGGUGCCCAGCCAGGGAAGCCCUCUUUUACCAAGAAACAAGCAGACCUCUUCUUCCCUCCGGAUUUUGCAGAUGAUUUUCCAGUUGCCAUGCAGAUAUCUCACAAGUAUGGUUUGAUCUAUGUGAUCACCAAGCUGGGGCUUCUAUUUGUAUAUGACCUUGAAACAGCUACUGCAGUUUAUAGGAACAGAAUUAGCCCAGAUCCAAUUUUUCUGACCUCUGAAGCUUCAUCAAUUGGGGGCUUUUAUGCUGUCAAUAGACGUGGUCAAGUCUUACUUGCCACUGUAAAUGAAUCAACAAUUGUGCCUUUUGUUAGUGGACAAUUAAACAACCUGGAGCUUGCUGUCAAUCUUGCAAAAAGAGGAAACCUACCUGGUGCAGAGAAUUUGGUUGUACAACGUUUUCAAGAAUUAUUUGUCCAAACAAAGUAUAAGGAGGCUGCCGAGCUUGCUGCAGAAUCUCCUCAAGGCAUUCUCCGUACACCAGAUACAGUUGCAAAAUUUCAGAGUGUACCUGUACAAGCUGGCCAGACACCACCAUUAUUGCAGUAUUUUGGGACGCUUCUAACUAAAGGAAAACUAAACGCAUUUGAAUCGUUAGAACUAUCUCGCCUAGUUGUCAAUCAGAACAAGAAGAAUCUUUUGGAGAAUUGGUUGGCUGAAGACAAGUUGGAAUGUAGUGAGGAACUUGGAGACCUUGUGAAGACUGUGGAUAAUGAUCUUGCAUUAAAAAUUUACAUCAAAGCGAGAGCAACUCCAAAAGUUGUUGCUGCUUUUGCCGAGCGAAGAGAGUUCGACAAAAUUUUGAUCUACUCCAAGCAGGUUGGAUAUGAACCUGAUUAUUUGUUCCUUCUGCAAACAAUUCUUCGAUCAGAUCCACAGGGAGCUGUUAAUUUUGCCUUGAUGAUGGCCCAAAUGGAGGGAGGUUGUCCUGUUGAUUACAACACAAUAACAGAUCUUUUCCUUCAGAGGAACUUGAUACGUGAGGCAACAGCCUUCCUCUUGGAUGUCCUUAAGCCUGAUUUGCCAGAACAUGCUCACUUGCAAACCAAGGUUCUUGAAAUCAACUUAGUAACAUUUCCUAAUGUUGCUGAUGCCAUAUUAGCAAAUGGCAUGUUCAGCCACUAUGACCGGCCUCGUAUUGCUCAACUCUGUGAGAAAGCAGGUCUUUAUGUCCGAGCUCUUCAGCACUACAGUGAAUUACCUGAUAUCAAACGUGUCAUUGUGAAUACUCAUGCAAUUGAGCCGCAGUCUCUCGUAGAAGUUUUUGGGACACUAUCUCAGGAAUGGGCACUGGAGUGCAUGAAAGAUCUUUUACUGGUCAAUUUGAGAGGAAACCUUCAGAUAAUAGUGCAGGUUGCCAAAGAAUACUGCGAGCAGCUCGGUGUUGAAUCAUGCAUUAAACUAUUUGAGCAAUUUAAAUCUUAUGAAGGCCUUUACUUCUUUCUGGGAUCGUAUUUGAGCUCCAGUGAGGAUCCUGACAUCCACUUUAAGUACAUUGAGGCAGCUGCCAAGACAGGGCAAAUUAAGGAGGUUGAGCGUGUAACGAGAGAAUCAAAUUUCUAUGAUGCUGAGAAAGCCAAGAAUUUUCUAAUGGAAGCCAAGCUUCCUGAUGCAAGGCCUUUAAUCAAUGUGUGUGAUCGCUUUGGCUUUGUCCCUGAUCUCACUCACUACCUCUAUACCAACAACAUGCUGCGGUAUAUCGAAGGUUAUGUUCAGAAGGUCAACCCAGGGAAUGCACCUUUAGUUGUAGGACAGCUUCUAGAUGAUGAGUGCCCUGAGGACUUCAUUAAAGGUUUGAUUUUAUCUGUUCGUUCUCUGCUUCCAGUCGAGCCUCUUGUGGACGAGUGUGAAAAGAGGAAUCGACUUCGGUUGCUUACUCAAUUUUUGGAGCAUCUUGUGAGUGAAGGAAGCCAAGAUGUCCAUGUGCACAAUGCUUUGGGUAAAAUUAUCAUUGAUAGCAACAACAAUCCCGAGCACUUCCUCACCACCAACCCAUAUUACGAUUCACGUGUUGUUGGGAAGUAUUGUGAGAAGCGGGAUCCCACACUUGCUGUUGUUGCAUACCGCAGAGGGCAAUGUGAUGAUGAACUUAUCAAUGUAACAAGCAAGAAUUCUCUGUUUAAGUUGCAAGCCAGAUAUGUUGUGGAGAGGAUGGAUGGGGAUCUUUGGGAGAAGGUUCUUAACCCCGAGAAUGAGUACAGAAGGCAACUCAUUGAUCAAGUUGUAUCUACUGCUUUGCCUGAAAGCAAGAGCCCAGAGCAGGUUUCUGCUGCUGUUAAGGCUUUUAUGACUGCUGAUCUUCCCCAUGAACUAAUUGAGCUUCUUGAAAAAAUUGUCCUUCAAAACUCUGCUUUUAGUGGGAAUUUCAAUCUACAAAACCUUCUUAUCUUAACUGCCAUUAAGGCUGAUCCUUCACGAGUUAUGGACUACGUCAAUAGAUUAGACAACUUUGAUGGACCUGCUGUUGGAGAGGUUGCUGUAGAAGCACAAUUAUAUGAAGAGGCAUUUGCUAUAUUCAAGAAGUUCAACUUAAAUGUUCAAGCAGUCAAUGUAUUGUUGGAUAACAUUCAAAGUAUUCCACGGGCUGUGGAGUUUGCAUACCGUGUUGAGGAAGAUGCUGUAUGGAGUCAGGUGGCUAAAGCUCAGCUCAGGGAGGGACUAGUGAGUGAUGCAAUAGAGUCGUUUAUUCGUGCUGAUGAUGCCACUCAAUUCUUGGAUGUUAUUCGUGCUGCUGAGGAUACAGAAUGUUAUCACGAUUUAGUGAAAUAUUUACUGAUGGUUAGGCAGAAGACCAAGGAGCCCAAAGUGGACAGUGAGCUUAUCUAUGCGUAUGCAAAAAUCGACAGAUUAAGUGACAUUGAGGAGUUCAUACUCAUGCCAAAUGUAGCUAAUCUUCAUAAUGUUGGUGAUCGCUUGUUUGAUGAAGCCUUGUAUGAAGCUGCAAAAAUAAUAUAUGCUUUCAUAUCGAACUGGGCGAAGCUGGCGGUCACACUUGUUAGGCUGCAACAGUUUCAAGGUGCGGUUGAUGCUGCUCGUAAGGCAAAUAGCGCAAAGACAUGGAAAGAAGUUUGCUUUGCUUGUGUCGAUGCUGAGGAGUUCCGCUUGGCACAGAUAUGUGGGCUGAAUAUUAUUGUGCAGGUGGAUGAUCUGGAAGAGGUCAGCGAGUACUACCAAAAUAGAGGAUGCUUCAAUGAGCUCAUUUCUCUUAUGGAGAGUGGUCUAGGGUUGGAACGUGCUCAUAUGGGCAUCUUUACUGAGUUGGGUGUCCUUUAUGCCAGAUACCGUUAUGAGAAGCUGAUGGAGCAUAUUAAACUCUUCUCAACCCGUCUUAACAUUCCAAAGCUAAUCCGAGCUUGUGAUGAACAACAGCACUGGAAGGAACUAACCUAUUUAUAUAUUCAAUAUGACGAGUUUGAUAAUGCUGCCACGACUGUCAUGAAUCAUUCUCCCGAGGCUUGGGAUCAUAUGCAGUUUAAAGAUAUUGUAGUUAAAGUGGCAAAUGUGGAGCUCUAUUACAAGGCUGUCCACUUCUACUUACAAGAGCACCCUGAUCUUAUUAAUGAUGUUCUCAAUGUCCUUGCACUGCGUGUUGACCAUACACGUGUAGUGGACAUUAUGCGAAAGGCGGGCCAACUUCCUCUUGUGAAACCAUAUAUGGUUGCAGUUCAGAGCAACAAUGUAUCUGCUGUAAAUGAGGCAUUGAAUGAAAUAUACGUUGAGGAGGAAGACUAUGACCGGUUGCGCGAAUCCAUUGAUUUGCAUGAUAACUUUGACCAGAUUGGCCUUGCACAGAAGAUUGAGAAACACGAGCUUCUUGAGAUGAGGCGUGUUGCUGCAUAUAUUUACAAGAAGGCAGGUAGGUGGAAGCAGUCUAUUGCAUUGUCUAAGAAAGACAAGGUUUACAAAGACGCCAUGGAGACUGCAUCACAAUCCGGGGACCGUGAGCUAGCAGAAGAGUUGCUUGUUUAUUUCAUCGAGCAGGGAAAGAAGGAAUGCUUUGCUUCCUGUCUAUUCGUUUGUUAUGAUCUAAUUCGUCCAGACGUUGCUCUUGAGCUCGCCUGGUUGAACAAUAUGAUUGAUUUUGCCUUCCCAUAUCUGCUCCAGUUUAUCCGUGAAUAUACCGGCAAAGUUGAUGAACUAGUCAAGGACAAGAUAGAAGCAAUCAAGGAAAAUAAGGCCAAGGAGAAUGAAGUGCAGGAUGUAAUUAAGCAGCAGAACAUGUAUGCUCAACUGCUACCUCUUGCACUACCUGCACCACCAGGUAUGGGUGGAGGAAUGGGUGGAGGAUUUGCUCCUCCACCACCACCUCCUAUGGGUGGAAUGGGGAUGCCACCGAUGCCCCCAUUUGGAAUGCCGGGAAUGAGCUCUUACUGAUACUUGGGCAAUGGGUGAAUAGCGGUGGUUGGUUGUUGGUCAAUGGUGAGAGAGGAAAUUUGACAUGGUUCCCGGUCGGCCAGUUUUUGGGAACUGUUUAAUUGGCCCCCUAGUCAAAUGAGAAUUUGCUUGUUUUGGGUGGGGGAUAAAGCUGAGAAUUUGCUUGUUUUCGGUGGGGGAUAAAGCUGAGAAUAAUGACAAGUGUGUUUCUACUUUUUAGGUGUGGAUAUGUUUUUCUUGUAAUAUUUUUGGGUAGUCGAGUCAUUUUUUGCAGGUGGGUAGGAGGGCAGGCAAGAUGAUGGAGUAUAAUUAUGUAUUAUGUACCAGAAGAAGGGAUCGGUAGGAGGGAUGGAUCAUGCAACUUCUUAUCAUUUUAUUUUUGGCUUGUAUUUUUCUUUUGAGACUCGCGUUUGGUCUUGUACUCGCAUUCUCAAUUUUAUUUUUGAAUUGUAGUAUAUUCUUUUGAUUUUUGUA